CCCUGACCGGAUGUCGCAGGUAGGCUUCUCUCUGCUGUCUCGUGCUGCAGGUCGGAUCAUUAAAAUGUCUAACAACAAAUCACCUCAUGCAUCAAAGGCCUGGAUCGCUCUGAGACGACUUGACAAACACGACGACAGAGUGGUGGCUCUUCGAGAAGUGUCCAUUCCUCCAGCAGCUGAGGUCACCGUGAUCAUACAGAUGAUCACCACUACCUUUGGGCUGAACUCUUCCAAUGUCAUAUUCAAGAUAAGGAACCAGCGUGGCUGUCUGAUCCCUCUGAACAGCUCGAUCCCUCCUAACAGCAAGCACAUGCCUUAUGUGCUUGAGGUAGCCAAGAUCUUUCAGCAUGUGCGUCCCAAGCCCAGAACCAUUCCCAUGACUGUGAUCAACAAGAGCAUGAAGACCAGGCUGCAGACUAUUGACAGGAGGAUUCAGAGACUGGAGGAGCUUCUGCCUCAGAUCAAACUCAGGCGCAACGAAAAACUAAGCCAGGAUAUUGAAUGUCUCAACCAGAAGUUGAGGUUUCUUCAUAAGAGAAUGCAGGUGGCAGAUUCUCGCAGCUGGAAGGGGGUGCUGACCAGAGCCCCUCUGUGGUAAACAAACACCCACAUUUCCAGCUGUUUUAGAAGACACAAACCAUCAGUGGGACUUUACACUCAUCAUUCACUGCAGAUUUUAUCAUGACACUAUGUGAGGAUGGAUGAUGAUCUGGAUUUUUACAAUUUAUAUAACCUCAGAGAUAUCCUUUCUUACUAAGUACAUUCAGUAGAUUAACUGCUGUUUAUGGUAAUGUAAAACAUAUAUUUUUUUUUUCUGCCUGGACAUGUAGUGAGAAAUUUAGUGUGUCACUUUGGUAUAAUUGAGGAACAACAUAUUUGUAACACUUUUGUGACAGGCCAUACUAGAAUUAACUUUUGAAACCAUAAAACCAUAAAAUCAAUGAAAUAAAUGAGAAAAA